AUGGCCAUGGCAGAAAAAUUGCACAAGAGAUUCCAUAAAGACAAAAAUCCUGAAGGCAUGGAUUUCAACGAUGUCCAGAUAUAUCUCCAGGCGGCAAUUGCAGAGUUAAAGGGGAAGAAGGAAGUAUAUGUUCUAAUGGAUGCCCUUGACGAGUUACCAGAUGAUCGAGAAGGGUUACAGAGGGCACAGAUGCUAAAGUGGAUAACGGAAACUUCAAAUCGAGAAACACACGUUCACAUCUUAUUCACUAGUCGAAUGGGCUCCAGUUGUAUGGAUAUUGAAGCAGCCAUGAAAUCACAAUCUCGACUGUUCCAGGUUUCGAUUGACACGAUGACAAACCGCGAUGACAUACGGCUAUAUAUCGAAGGGCAAUUUCGGGCUAAUAAUAACUUGAACAAGCUGAAAAAUCUUGCUCAAGUGAACAUUAUUGAGAGACUUAUUGGGAAGUCGGAUGGAAUGUUCCAAUGGGUUAGCUGCCAGCUUGAUGAGCUGAAAGAUCUCCAAAUUGCGAGAUCAAAGGAUGUUGAGGAAGUUCUAAACUCGAUGCCACGUACUUUAGAUGAAUGUUACAUGAGGAUCUUACAAGGAGUCAACAGUCGACUCCAAACUGAGAUCAUCAAGGCGUUACACUGGAUAUCGCUUUCAUUUCAGCCCCUUAGUCUCGAGGAGGUGAAUGAGGCAUGCAUAAUCGACUCAACUAGGUCACCUGCUAUCAAAAAAGAAGAUCAGUUCAGCGGAGAGGGGAUUGCGACCCUUCUAUCAAGUUUCGUGAGUCGAAUUGGUGAUGGAAAAAAACACCUGUCUCUAUCCCAUUUCUCGGUCAAGGAGUUUUUCAAGUCAAGCACAAUCCAAGACAGUGAAUACUCCAAGUAUGGAUUCUACGAGAGUGGUGCCCAUGCUUCCAUCGCCGAAAGUUGUAUUGCCUAUAUUUAUUAUUACAGUUCUUGUCCGAUGCGUCUGGGCACGCAAAGCGACUUGGAAUACUUUCCUCUUCUAUUUUACGCAUGUCGAUAUUGGUUUGAACACCUAAGGCUUGCUGAAGAAGAGCAGGAAAGGCUCGCUCCUUUCGUGAUCAAAUUUCUUACCUCUUGGGAAGUAUAUCGCAAUGCCUUGAGAAUAUACAAUCCACUUUAUCCAGAGAAGCUGUUUCCUUGCAAAAUUCCCACUUUAGCUUCUCCCCUUGGUUGGGCGGCUGCUCUUGGACUCGAGUUUCUCGCCGAGCGGCUUUUGGAAGAAGAUUCGAAAAGCAUUGAUGCGAUCCAGGACAUACGGUACUUUACACAGAAACAUGAGGAAACUGCUGGACUCGCAACACAUCCGUCGAUCGAGUUCAUGUGUGAACUGUGUGGUGGCGAAGAGAUGCCAGGAAUUGUGGUUACACAAUAUGCAAAUCCUAUCCGAGGAACAGCCCUUAUGAAAGCUGUUGCUCACGGCCAUGAAAAUCUCGCCCGGCUACUGAUUGAAAACGGAGCAAACGUCCAUGUUCAGGAAAAGGGCUAUGCAAUGAACAUCGAGAGUGCUUUAUCCAUUGCGUGUGGUAAAGGGAACGAAAACAUGGUGCGUAUCCUAUUGCAGGGUGGCGCUGAUCCAAACGAAAAUUGCGGAGGUGAAUCUGCCUUGAAACGGGCUAUACGUGCACAGAGCAAGAGUAUUUGCGAGAUCUUGCUAGAAAAGAAAGCUCACGUCAAUGAAAGCGAGUCAGCUCAAUACUCUCCCCUGAUGACUGCAGCAUUAAUGGGAGAUUCAGAUCUAUGCAAUUUGCUCUUAAAUAACGGAGCCGAUAUCAAUUGGAAAAUAGAGGAAGAAGCAGAGGGUCUGAUUGACGCACUCUCUAUUGCGACGAGAAAUGGCAGUGUUGAACUGGUGGAUUUAUUUCUUUCUCGGGGUAGUCAAAUUCGUCCUGAAGCUUUGUUUGGAUCAUUAUCUGCGAUAAACAUGAUGGAAGAUUUGCCAAGCGACGCAUCGAGGUAUAACAGGGUCUGUGAAUUGCUCAUUAAUGGCGGGGCAGAUCUCAACCCUGUCUCAGAAGCUUUCGAUACCCCCCUUGCGAUGGCUCUCCACAUUGAGUGGUAUGAUAUUGCCAAGUUGAUGCUCUCGAAAGGCGCACAAGUGCAUCCCGAUGAUAGCAGUUGUCUUACUGCAGGUAACACACUGGUAGCAGCGGUUAAAAGCCUCGAUAUGACACGGGAAAUUCUUGAUAUGGGUGUUGAUGUCAAUGCGCAAGUUGCUUUCGUGGAGCCAUUUGCUGAAGGGUACGAUUACGACUAUCGACACUUUUCAAGUGCCCUGCAAGCGGCUGCCUUUCAUCAUAAUCGUGAUGUCGUUAAAUUGCUGCUGAAUAGAAAUGCCGAUCCUGGAAUCACUGGCCCGCCUUAUGGCAGUGCAUUGUACGCGGUGGUCGGACGAAUAGUGUCGGAUCAAUUUGUGUCGAGCGGUGACCUUUCAGUAGCUCAGCAGAUAUGUGAAAUGUUGCUUGCAAAGGGAGCAGAAUGGGAUAGAAAAUAUGGCCCAGAAGAUGAAGAACGGAUGGCUGAGUGUAUGCUUGGAUAUCGAGGUCUCACUGAAUGGCAGAAGGGCAGCAUUCCGUUGAAUGCACCGCUUCAGCUCGCCAAUGGAGGAAAUACAUGGUUUCAGAUUGUUAGUUGA